AUGGCUGCAUGGAGAGCUGCCGGAUUAAAACUAUUCAGCUACAUCAACUAUUCCAACAUUGCCGCACGUUUGCUGCGUAAGGCACUGAAGCCGGAACUUAGAGCGCAAGCUGCCCGACGGGAUGAUUCGCACAUCAAAUUUACCAAAUGGCAGGGUGGCAAGCCGGAAAGUAAGUAAACAU